AAAAAUUUAAAUAUUUUUCGAUAAGAACUUAAACGUAGGAAGAGACAUGCAAACGAAGAGUCUCCCCUCGUAAGAGGAUAUAUUAGGUUUAAACCCCAAGACGAUUUGCCCAUGCUUGCACAAGAAUAAACGUAUUAGACUCAAGGAGGACAACCCUUUUCAAAAUCCUGCGUUUGGAUUCUUAAUUACCCUUCGCUGACGAUUAAUAUCAAGCAAAAAUGCAAGGAACAGAACGGUUCAAGGUAGCUUCUUUUCUUGGCUGUAGGGAAAACAAGAGGUUUUUCAAAGUUCAGUGCAAAGAAACUCUGGAAUUCUUCACGAUGGAAGUGGUAUUGAAAGAGAGCGUUGAAAAUCCGAAUUCAACGACGACGCAAUUUGGACCAAUCGCUGAGCCACUUCCCACCUGGGGUCUACCCUUCUGCAUGGAGCUUAAAUACGUGUUUGAGACACAACAGAGGCGGUACUAUAUUCUGGACUGCGGAGGGGAAGCUUGUCUGGCUGACAUGAUGAACGAUGGAUUGCCGGAACCCACGGUACUGUUCAUAGCAGCUGAGAUAGCGUUGACUUUAGAGGGACUUCACGAACUUGGUGUAAGCUACAACGAGCUGGAUCUAAGUCAGUUGUCAGUGGAUAGCGAUGGACAUGUGGUGUUAUGGCGUGAAUUCGAGGGUAAAGAAUAUUGGCAUAUCAGUGAGUGUAUAUGUGGAAUAUUCGGCGCGAACUGCGGGAAGAUUGGGCACGAGGUUAAAAGACAGAGUCCGAAUCUAUCGCCAGGACACUGGGUUCAAAUCUCGCAGGGUAUACAAAACGACUUGAAUAGCUUGGGUAUAUUACUCUGUCAUCUGUUGACUGGUAAUGCGGAUUUUCUUAACUUCCAAAGUCUCGAAGAAGCUAUAAUCUCGCUUUUUAUCACGCCAAAUACGAAAGAUUUUCUUUAUGGUCUGAUUAGUGGAAGUGUGCAGUCGUUUGAAGAUAUAAAAUGUCAUCCCUGUUUCCGUGGUUUGGACUGGGAUGAGGUAAGAUCAAAGUCUCUCCCAUCUCCGCUUAUGGCUAGCUACCGUCCAGAAAGUAACUGGAAUUACGUAAGACGUGGUCUCUCAAAAUCGCCAUCCUUACAAAAUGUGUAUACGGCAGGGAUCUCCGCCCGCCAUGAACGUGACAUGUUCAUCAAAUCCCCGCUCUCUCGCACACAUUCCUCAAGCGACAUUCAUUCGUUCUCGCCAGGCAACACUGGGCAAAGCUUCUCUACGACAGGACGAUCUGGUAGACGGAAUACAUUAGGAGUACCUGGCCGCGGAGGGCAAUAUGGCAAGGAAGCUGUCAGGUUGAACCCAAACGAUACAAAAAUUAUACAAGAUUCAAAAAACCUCGGCUAUUCCCAGCGCGCUGGAGUGAAAUCAAGUUUGAAUCUACACAGACAAGUUUUUGAGCAGAACUCGCGCCACUUUGAACGCCCUCCCUGUAUGUCUGCCCCCUCCUCACCCCGGGGCAGUUUUGAUACCUCGCAAGGCUCAUUCGUUUUCCCUCCUCCCAUGUCUGCCCCCUGCUCCCCACGCGGCAGCGUCGGUUCUACGCAUUCCGGAGGGUCAGGCUCACUCUCCCCGUCUAGCACCGUCGUGUUCAACAACCCAGAGACCAACCCCUUCCACGAGGGUUACAGAAAACGGUGGGGAAGUGCGAACCUCGAUGCGGCCUUUGGUUUUUAUGCCUCAAAUUGCCAAAGAAAUGAUAGUAAUAAUAACAUCACAACUCCGCGAAGAUUAAGCGAUGAGACAGACACAAAUCUAACAAAGGAAAGUUUUCCGGCGCGUGGAGUUUAUGCAGGAAAUUUAAAGGAAAAAGAAAAUCCUAUCUCCUCUUCCCAAAGUGAUGGAUUUGCUUCAAAUCAACCAAGCACGUUUGAAAACGGUGUAUACUCGUCUGUUUUUAAACAAAACGAGAGCUUUGCAAUCUCCGAUAGACACCCCAUAGUCGUUUUACCAAACGCUUCAACGACAGAGUUAACGCGACAGGGAUAUCAACCAGGACAUAAUAGUGAUGGCGGUGGUUCAUACAAUGCUGGUAUGUACUUUAAUUUAGGAAAUCCACCAAGUGAAACGAAUAUAAACCAACCUUAUUUUCAGCCAAAAUAUUUUGAAGAAAAUCGCAUGCGACAACAAAACCUUACAUCCGGAAACUUGUAUAAUACGCACGGCAUAGAUCAGGCAAACCCGACCACAACGGAUUCUUUAAGUGCGAUAGGAUUUCAGAGAAGAAGCGAUAGUGGUAAUCUUGAAACGUCCGGAACGAGUUCAUCAUUCUUCCAAACUUCAGGCGAUAAAAGCGAUGCAAUGGAACGAAACACUGCGAAGGAAACUGCUAAUUUCUUGUUUCAAAAACAUUUUGAGAGCAGAAGAGGUAGUGUUGGAUCCGGUUUGCCCGGCAAGACUUCACCAAAGUCAGGGAAUACUGAAAAUGGUCAGAUUAGCGACAUGCGACAGAAUCCAACAUCAAAUAUCUCCGAGGAACAGUUUGAUAUUAGAGAAAGCAGUUAUAAGGCACCAGCUGCGAACUCAAGAAACCUUUCAUCAAAUCUGGAUGACGUUCAUGGAAUACAGUCGGUUUAUUUUCCAAAUGAAUAUACAGCAACUAAAACACAAAACGUUCAGUCGCAAAUCAUCCAGGGAAACGUUCAAGGUAGUUUAAGAACUCAAGAAAAAACCAGGAGUGACUUUAACGAGCCGAAUAAGAGGUCUUCGGAUCAUAUUCCUCCAAGAAAAUUCCAAGAAAGACUGGUUGUCCCCAACAAAAGCCAAAUUCAUUCAAGUUUGCAAACCACUGCUGACAAUUUGUCUCCUCCGAUCGUGGUAUUUCAACAAAGGAACAGCUGCUCGCCUGAACCGCUAAUAGCUAUUCAUCCCUCGACCAUCCCGUCGAGCAACUCUUCCUCUGCUGACUCAACUGACGUGUCGGCCAUGGCCUGUGAUAAUACAGGCGUGCGAAAUCCUUUUCAACAGAUAUCCCCAAGGCGGCGAAGUAGCACGGAGAUCACUCCUUCAACGUCUCUGCCAAUUUCUACGAGCAAAUUCGAAAACAUGGGUCAAAAAACGUCUCUUACGCGAAGCACCAGUUGUUCGGACGUGAACGAAAGAUUCAAAAGCGCUGGAAAUGAUCCUGUGAGGACCGGGCAGGCUAACUGCAGGCGAAGCCUGGCAUUAAGACGUAUUCCUUCGUUUGAAGAAUUUCGUACGAUGCGAGCGAUGUAUCUUGGGGAAGGGAAUGAUAAUGGGGCGACAAAGAAAGAUGCGAAUAUUGUUGGUAAGGAAGGCACGAGUGAAGGUAAAAACGACAGCGCCAGAAACAAAUAUAACAACAGCGACAAAGCAAACCAAAAUCUCGCCAGAACAAGCAGCCUGGGGACUACAAACAAUCCCGUCAUUCAGGAUUUGCUUGUCAAAUAUGGACUCGACCAAAGCCCGCGGUCAUCCUCUCUUAAGCUCCAUCAAAACUCUUGCAAAAGACCAGAUUCCGAGAACAGCCAUCCCUCAACCACAAACAACAACGAUGACAAGAGAACAAAAACACAAGACGCGACUGAUACGAAACAGCGUUUGUUGAAUAUCUUGGACGAUUUCCUCGCAGUCAGAACUAAACAGAGGACUUUGAGCUCUAGUGUUAGCAUGUAUAACCUCAAGACUUCAUUUGAAGUGCAGGGCUCUAAAGACGCAAGUGAUAUUUCUGUUGCUAACAGUAAUGGCUUUGAUAUGAAAAUGACAAAAGGCGCACCUGGUAAAGUUUUCGAUUCAAAGAUUUCUGAGAACGAUUCAAAGAUUUCUGAGAACGGUGCGAAGAAAUUAGUUAGUCCGAGAAGUCAACAUCGCACAGUGGAGAGAUGUAAAAACCCAACGUUGGUUGUUUCAACUCCUAAUUCAGUUGACUGUGUCAAAAAAGCGACGCAUCAAAACACGAAAGAUAACAGGUUAAACGGGCAAGACGGAAAGGGAAUUGAAAAGAAAAACGCCUCGGAAAAGCCUAAACGAGUCAGCAAAAUGAAAAGUCCAGUAAAAAAAUACGAAUGUGAAGAUAAAGAAGUGCGUGUCAGUGGAACUUCGUCAUCCAACGUACAAACGAUAAAAAGUUCUCCGCUAGACUCGAGAAAAUCAGCUGAGACGAGGGCGAUCUCGUCGUCAUCCGAGGUCGAGACGAAAGAAGGCGAGAGGUCGCGAAGAGUUUCCGAAAAAGCGCGAAACGUGAGUCUAAGGCAUAGGGAGUCGCUGGGAUUGGCGGUUGGAAAGAGCGGGGAAAAGGCCAGAAAAGAGCGUCGGAGCAAAUCUUUUAAACAAGCGUUGCAAAAUGAAAAGAAUGAAAAAACUUCUGAACUAGAGGAGAAUGAAGCUAGCAAUGUACAUACGAGGGCUGUCAUGAAUGGGCCAAUCAAGGCUGAUCAUUCAGUUGAAAUAAAGCCUACAUGUGUUGAACGAAAAGAUUUGAAGCAUUUCCGACGAAUGAACAGACGGACAAGUAGUUUACUGAGCCUUACUGAUGAUUUAUGCGAUGAAUUGGAUGAACUCGAGGCCGAAAAUGGGAUUCGCAGUGAAAGCUUGAGUGAUCUUAAUGAAAAUUACAGUGGUUGCGAUAGAGCAGUCGGUGGCGAUGAUGGCUUUCUUAAUGUUGAGUCAGAUUCCCCCGGAGACCGGCGUCCCACCAGAACCGAGAGUAGUUGCAGUCUCCUGUCACGUGGCAGCAGUUUCCAUAGCAACUUCAGCGCCGACAGUGGUUCGGUUCAACUGGACUUCGAGGAAAGCGAUGAAGAGGAUGAUGACCUAUUUUAUAUGUCGGAGCCGCAGGAAACCGACGAGAAGUCUGAGUCCGAUAUUCACAGGAACGACAGCGGAUUGGGUGACGAGAUCGGAGUGGGGACUAGGAUGAAGAAGCGUUGGCAAGAUCUCGGUCACGUGAGCUCACGUCAGUCCAUGGUUGUCGCGUCUUGGCGGGAACUUGCCUUAAAGAACGGCAAAAGAUUUGAAGAUGGACAAGAGCAAGAAAACGCGACAGACGAACGAGAAGUGCAGCAAAAAUCAGAACGGAAGACUUCUCGAGGCCGAAGAAUUUCCAGAGAGAAACAGCCAAAUGCGAUUGAUUGCCCAGACUGUGGACGAGCUUUUGUCGUUGAAAAAGAUAAACCAAGUGUUAAGAGCCAAGGACCAAAGCAAACUAUCAUCUGUUAUAAAUGUCAGAGUAACAGAAUUGAGCGGAAAGAAGCCAUUAUUGAGCUUGUACAAACUGAAAUAAAUUAUGGAAAUGAUUUUCAAAUCGUGAAAGAGGAGUUUCUUGCACCAAUGCAGACUGGUGGCAUUGUCUCUCCUGAUAAUUUGGCCAAGAUAUUUCUGAAUAUUCAGGAACUGUUUGAUGUUAGCUCAAAAUUUUGCAUGAAAAUUCAGAACAACGUGAAAGGAUGCAUCGACAAAGGCGACGAGGAGCUGUGCCAUAUGAAUGUUGGGGGGAUUUUUGUUGAGAACAUGGAGCUUCUUCAAGCCUACGAGCUGUAUUGUUCUCGACAACCUGAAGCCAUGAGAUUGCUGGAGUCUUUACAAAAAAAGAAUGAUGUUUUAAGAGUCUUUCUCAAUAUCACAUGUCGUGAAAAUCCUAAAUGCCGUAAAAUGGACAUAAACUCCUUUCUCCUGGCUCCUGUCCAACGUGUCACCAAAUAUCCUCUCCUGCUCAGUCGUAUUCGACGUGCGACGCCACGUUGGCAUGGCGACCGUGAAGACUUGAAAUUAGCGCAAAGAAAAGUGGAAGAACAAAUCACAAAGAUCAACUCGCUGACAAAAUCCUCUGAAAUGAAAGCUAAGAAAUUCCAGAGUAAUCUAGGAUCACCAGAUACUGUCGACUCGUCUCGCCUCAAAAAAUUAGCCUCUGAAGUGCUGACCUGGACCUUAGACGAAAUGCAACUGCUUAUGCACGGUCCGCUCAAGGUUCUAUGCUCAGAAUUCGGCGGAGGACAAAGUUGGACAAAGCGAGCAAUGAAGAGAAGCAUUGAAACUCACAUGCUCUUCUGCAUACGAGGGCAAAAUGAGCCAAUCAUAGUGGAUUCUGAAGAUGACGACAGUCUAUACUUUCCAAACACCACUGAAAUCACCGAUGCAUCUCUGCUUUUGCUGAAGCGAAAAAGCAACGGAAAAUACAUUUUAUUUCGGGAAGAGAUAAGGCUUCGAGACUGUGUAGUCUACGAAGAAAUGGAUUCUGACUCAUUUGGCCUCGUUCACAUGGGAAAGGAAAGUUUCCUCUUUACCACCAAGUCAUCCAAAGACGCACGCAAAUGGAUGAAAUAUUUAAAAAUGCAAUCAAAAAACCAGGGAAAAUGGAGACGACGUAGGAAUGCUUCUGCAAACAUCAUGCUAAAGUCUUCGUAAAAUUGGUCAGAGUAAGAAUCAGUUUCGUGAUUGAUUUAUCAAGGAUCAAACAACUCGUAUAUUUAAUUUAUUUUUUCACCAAGUUUAAUAUAUUAUUAAAUUAAUAUUAUUAAAUUAUUUUCAAAAAUCGUGUUCCCACAAAUAUUGAAAGCUGCGACAUGCAGUAAUUGUACAAAUAUUCCUUUAUUAUUUAAAUAUUCUUUCUAUACAAAGAAGGAAUGAAAAGUUUAAUUGUGAACUGAAAAAAUACGGCUACCGAUGAAAAGAGAGGAAUUAUUAACAAAGGUGAUAAUUUUGGCUAGCCUAGCUCCGUUAAUCCUUGAUUGUGGUAGCGAGGAUUGUCGGUUAAGCGAAUAUUACUCUUUGUAUAUACAAAGAGAGAAAUGAGAAGUUUUACUGUAAUUGAAAAACUACAGCUAAACGAGGGAAAUUUUCAACAAAGACGAUGAUUUUAAAGAUGUUCACUUUCAAAACGGGCUUGUCAGGAUGUCACAUGAUGAACUCUUUAUGACGUUACGGAAAGCGAUACUGUAAGUAAAAUAAUUUCAAUAAAUUAAUUAUACUCAGUUUUAGAUCUAAAAUAUGAAAUGUUUUAGUAUAAAUGUAAACAUUACUGAUUAAAAUAUACCAUGCCUGCGAAUAUACCUUCAGUACAAUAAUUUUUUCGGUAGACUGAUUCACAUUUGAACAAGUUAAAUUUUUAAACUGACCAUGAAUAUUUAUUAUUUUUCACUUUCAGUUCGUUUUAAUUUCCGAUUGAAAUCAUUAGCUACAAAUUAUGAAUAUUCCAUAUGCUGCUACAAGAAGAGGCCAUUAGUAAAACAUUGAUCCAGAUAAACGUCGAUAGUAAGGCUUCAAACAUCACUAAAUUUGCUGUCUAAAUCACUUGGGUGCUUGUCAUUUUUUUCAAGACAGGUGAUGCCAGACCGCAAAUUGCCACAACAAACGUUCAAGGAGAGUGCUUAAAACUUCGCUAACAAGUUUCGCAAGGCAUCGCCGUAGGAAUUCAAGUUAAAUGAGGGAAGUCUACUAUACCACUCUUUUGAAGGAAAUAUAACGUAGUUAAGUGUAUCAAAACAAACAGAAGGAAGUCCACGACGCCUUGAGAGGUUACGCAAUGACUGCAGUAAGAAGCACCGAGCAAUUUGGUGAGGAAAUUUCAAUCGUGCUCAAAAAAUACAAGGGAGAAAAGGAAGCUUUCGACGAAGGGAUUUUCGUCUCGGAGUCAGCUGGCGAUGAUGAUGAUGAUUAUGAUGAAGAUGAUUACGAUGAUGAUUUUAUUCGGGAACCAAGAACAGAGUUUGAGAAGAGUUUGUCAAAAAUGGACGGCGUUUUACGACAAGCCGAGCACGACACUCAGUUUCUCAGCCACGAUUUGAAAGUUAUCGAGUCUAAAAAUGAAAGCACAGAAAGACGAAUCUUGAAACUCACUCGGGACGCGGCGGAGCUCAGAUCGAGAUUGGACGCCUUCUUACAUUCGUUCGGUCGACGCUCGUCGUGGCGUGAUCACGUGGCCGUAACGUCAUCAUCCGAGCACAUGACCAUGACGUCACCGCCUGAUCGCUUCACGUCAUCAGCUCGACGCCACAAGGCAACAUACGCGAUCUUUUUGAAGCAGAACAGUGUGGAACAGCCUGUCCAUGUGAACAUUGCCCUUCGUGAGAGGGAGAGCGUCUUGAUAUAUUAAGAGGGAAUGACAAGAAAGAAAAAUGCAAAGCUAUGUUGUAAUGUAAUUUAAUGUAAUGUCAUCGAUUGUAAUGCAACGCAAUGUAAUGAAAUAGCAUCAGGCUUCAAAAGCUAAAUAUUUUUUGUUGUAUUUUAACUUUACCACAAUUUUUGUGAUCGGUAACAUAGUAAAUUAGUAAUCUAUGAUUGUUGUAUUAGACGGUUAUUCAGAAAGAUAAAAACCUAUAACUAACGGUUUGAAAUUACCUGAAAUUUCAUUUUGUUGGAAAGUUCAUAAAUACGUUGAUACGAAAAGUUGUAGCGGUUUGUCAACGCGACAGAGACCGCCUGCUUGGGGGAUAUAGUUAACAUGCAUAAUAUUAUGGGGAAUUAGCAUGGAGCCGACCACAAUUUAAUUGCAAAUUGGGAAUAAUUCAAAUGUAAUUAAAAGGGUAACCAACUUUGAACUUUACCUAAGGACAACUGGCCAAUCAAAAUCGUAAAUUCGCAGUAAACUAGCCGGAUUUAACUGCCCAAAAUGUUGUUAGUAAGAGUUGCAACAUUACCAUUUCAUAGUCAGUUUGACUUCAAGGCAAAUAUUGAUCUUUAAAUGGUGCAACAAUAUUCCAAAACAAAGCACUUGACAUUGAGUUUGAUCACUUUAGAAUGGCAAAACAUUUUCGCCGACUAUUUUUUUCUUCUUUGUGUACUAGUGUGGGUGUGGUCUCUUCCAAAUUCCGUCCGUGUGAUUCUUAUAAAAUAUAUUGCUCGCCAUCUUUUAUCAAAAGUAAAUAAAUUGAUCAAGUCGUGAUUGGCUGCAUGCGGUAUGCGCCAUCGAGAUGGCUGUGCGUGUGGAGUGAAACUAAGAGUCUUCAAAAAAACGUUCCCUAAACUACCCUUAUGAAAUUUUUACCCAAAAUGCAGCUUAGAAUUCUGUCGCCAUCACGUUUGACGUAAAUACUUAAUUAAAUGGUUAUCAUUAUAUAAAAACAGGAAUUUGGCAUAUAAACGAGGCAAUUACGCCAACAAAGAGUUACUUUAAACGACCUUAUAGAACCUUCGAAAUAUAUACAACUUAUUCGAACAUUCCUUCGUAGACUUCAAUUCCAAACCACGGCCUCCAAGCAUAACAUGUAAAUAUCGUGAGCAGGUUUUGAUCAGUUUGGAGCUUGUUUUUAUGGGGCUGCAUCUUUGAGCUCUAGUCAAGUGCUACAUAGACUACAUUUGUUUUUCUGGUUUGCAUGUUUAACAAUAUUUUUCAUUUAAUGGCUGAUUGGACAAAGCAGAUCGGACUAAUGUUGCUACUAAGGUUCGAUCUUGCACGUUUUAAAUCUGUAUAUAGUUUAGGGUUUGACCUUUUAGGGCUCGUGGAGGACAAACCUUUUAAAUGGCUGUUUAAUUACCUGAUAAUCGCUGCAACAUUUUUGUUCUAACCCAUGCGUGUUCCCCGAUUUAAAGACCCUUUGUUGUUUGAAUGUUCUUGGAUAUACAGCCAAUAUUAUAUGGUUCCUGCUUGGAUUUUAUGGUAAAAAUAGAUAUAAUUGUUUUCUUUUCUGCUUGUAAAGAAAAGCAUUCAGAAGCACACACCAACAAUUCAACAAACCUGGAAAAAACAUGAAUAACAAGAACAUUUUCGUUGAUACUGCACUUUCCAAACCGUGUACAUACAUGUAUAUUUAAAGUUCUGUGUUUCACUCUGUAGCAUUUGUAGCAUUUGUGUUUGAAUUAAAAGUGUCCUGGUUUCUACUUAGAUAUGCCAAGUUUGGGAGAAGAAUUUUAGGUUAGAAAAUUGUAUAGCGUUAAGAUAUAACAAUUGCAUGUCUUGCAGUUAACUGGUUCACAAACUUUGUUACCAGCAAUUUAGGUUUCCCGCACUAGAGCACCAACAAACCAACCAACCAACAAACCAACCAACCAAUCAACCAUCAUUCAAUGCCAAGCUACCUAUAUCUUAUUCGCCAGAUAACGAAAUAUAAAACCCAAUACCAUUAACUGACUAAGGAUUGAUAAUCUAGAUCUAGAUGUUCAUUCAUGAACUAAUUGCCUGACUAACAAACAAAUCUUAACAACAAAAAAUCGAAAACAGGAACAAGGAACUAAUCAACCAUCAACUACCACUUUUUGCUGUCAAAUGUUCCUGUGAGAACCGCUUGAGUUAAACAUCAUAUUCUCAAAUGAAAGUACGAUUUUAGAUCAAUCUUUUUUCCAAUCAAAGAAUGUUCAUUUAACUGUUUUGGCGGAGGAAGAUCAUACUCUACGUAAUUGGAUUCUUUUAAAAGAAAGAAACAAUUUAUGCAACGUUAAGUUUUCGAAAGCGUGGGAUUAUUCUCUCUUUCUCAAUGAAUCAUUUCCGCAGUAAAAAACUCAUGCAACAAGUGCCACUUUUCUGUCCUACGCAGGAUAGUCAAUGAUCUUCUUUCAUCUUUUUGGAGGCGAUGCCGCGCAAACUGGAUGCAUAAAAGCGCGCAAAAAACAGCCGUACUAACCAGAGGAGAUCGAGUCAGCAAGUAUCAAAAUGAAGACUUGGACAGUUUUAGCCCUGCUGUUUGCAAUCUGUGCUGUGUUUCUCAGCGUUGGACGCACGGAAGAAAGCGAAGACGAUUUUGAAGAGCAAGCUUUGGAUGAUUUCAACGGCGCGCUCGAAUACAACGACGGCCAAUCGGAGAACGUUUUGGACAGUGUGCGUGAGACUCCGUCAGAUGAAGAGGAUGAAACGAAGCUGGUCAAACGUAUGCCAUGGCGUCGUCGUCGUCGCCGUCGUUUCUGGAAACGAGUCCGCAAGAUUUUGAAGAAGGUCUGCGGCUGGGUUAGGAAUUCCCGACGUCAUAUUAUCAGAUGGAGCUGCCGUUUAAUCAAUGGAGAUGAAGAACGUCUGCCAAAAGGGUUAUCGAACGACGAAUCUGGAUUUAUUUCACCUGAAGAAGUCGCAGAAUUGUUGAGGAAAGGCUGGAAAAAAGAAGGGGGAGAUGGCAAUAAUGGUCCAUGAAGAAAUUUUUGAAGAACUUUUGACGUUUUAUUGCAUGCAUGUAUUCGUUAUUUCAUCAGUAAUACAGUGUUCCAAGUGCAGUGUAAUUGCCUGAAGUCGCUACAAGGCAUUCACUUUUGUUAGAUAAUAUAAUGCUAUGUUUCAGGACAGGUGAAAUUUUCAAAAUU